AUGCUGACUUCCAGAAAGGACCACGAUGAGCACUCAGUGAACGAAAACAAACGAAAACGCGUGAAAUCGCAGAGACGUCUAACUCAAAGUCUUCGACUUCCGCAAGCAGAUCCGAACUCUGAGGACACAUUUGCGGAAGAAGAAAAUUUUGGAGGAAGUGACAGUCACGAAAACGAGCUUGUAGCAGAGCUCGAAGAGAUAGCCAAUGCGGAAGUGGAACAGAACACAAUACCAACAGAGGAGAGCAAGCAGGGCCCGAAGAACGUGGCUCAAAUCACCCCUGAAGUAGCAAAUGGUAAUGAAGCAAGCAAUGUUAAACAGAGCGAAGAAGGUGCUGAUAAACGUACAGGAGUUGUCAGUUACGAAGAAAGACGACUGGAGGGUAUCCUGAUCAAACCAGAAUCAUUUGAAGGAAAAGGUUACGUUAGAAAAGAGUCUCAGACCGUUCAAGCAAGUUACCAUGAAUGCACCAUUAAUGCUGAGUUCACAAGAAAAACAUUGCCAUUGGAAGCUACACUAAAUUCUGGCAGAGAGAUGAGCCAGCAAAGAGCUUCUACCAAAAACAAGAGAAAAUAUGCGGAGAAAAACAAGAAAACGGUAUCAUUCAAUGAACAAGUAGAGUACUCGGAAGUGACAAUCAAUUCCAAACACAACGCAAAAGACAAAGAUUUGUAUACAAUGACUUCUUUAAAAGAUUUUGAGCUGUGUAGUACAAGACUCGAAGAAAAGACGACUACAUCAAGAUUGAGGAAAGGCGGCGAUCUAAUGGAAGCUUCAUUAACUAAAUCGGACCCACAAGAAGCGUCCACCCAGUACUCGGAAAUUUCGACAUCGUCAAAAAAACUUACAAGCAAUGAAGAAGAAAGCGUUUGUGUAGUAAUGGAACAGAAAACCAACUUUGAAACCAGUUUUGACGGCAAGUGUGAAAAGCAUCCAUCGGCGAGAAUAGAAGAACCACAAGACAUUCUGAAAACCGAAGUGGAUCCUACAACAGCAGAAUUUUUUCAACUAAACACUAGCUUACAUGAUUACAACAACGUCAGCAAUGCUGCAGGAAAGCUGCUCCUGUCUCCUUCUGAAACUACAUUUCUUAACCAGCCAUCAAUUGAAGAAAACUUGCAAGAAGCAGUGACAUUUCACGAUAGAGGUUCAUAUACAAAAGGAACCAAAAAUGACUCCAGAAAAGAGAAGAAGGACACCAUUCAACACUCUACAGAAGCUGCACAAGAAAUCGUUAAUCAGACAAUCUCCAAGGAAGCUGCUACAACACUUUCGAGUAUCACGAAAGAGGACCAGACAAAGAAAGCUACAGAUACCCAAGCAAACACUCCGAAAGAGAGUUGGGCAAGCUGCAAACUGAUAAUGGUGGAGAACACCGUAGAAGACUUUGAGGCCAAAUUUAGCUGCGAUGUUGUUUCCCGUGCAGUAGCAAACAAAGACAUACUUGACAAAACGGAAAAGAAGAUGGAGGUUUUAAAGAAAGUUGCCAGUGAAGCAGAUUCUUGUGCUGCUCCGAGCAAGCACACUCCUAACGAAACCACUGAGAAGGAGGAGAUGCCUACAAAUAUCAGUGACUCAAGUCCACGCACUACUAUAAGAAAACACUCCGAAGAAACGAACAAGAAGGACAAAGUUAAGGCGAGGGUUAGUGAAGUAAAGUCACACACUGUUGCGAGCAGGCACACUAUUGAGAAAGAGAAGCUCAAAACCAUUCUGAGGAGUAACAAAGGAGGUAAACAUGCUUCAGAUUGCACCGACACUACUGGCGAGAUCAAGAAGAAGUACGGGAACUUUACAAAAGGUGAGCGAGCAACAGAUAUGCAUGCUCUUACAAGCAAGACUGCUGCCGAAGAAAACAAUCCCGAAACUAUUGCAAAGGCUGGUGAUGCGAACAUACAUGCUCCUGCACCCAACUACACUACAGGAAAAACGAAGAAGCCGGAAAAUAUCUCAAAGACUAGUGAGGAAAAAGAGGAACACAACUACGACGAGAGAGCUGUUGCAGAUAAGGAUGAAAUCGAGAUGAUGACUGCAAACGAUGCACUAAAGAUGGCAAGAAUUUUUGAAAAGCACGCAGAUGCUGCUGAAUCUGCUGCUUUGGUAAAAGACACUGAGGAAAAAGAUGAUACUUCUGAGGCUAUGGAAUUAUCAAGCGCAGCUGGGAACAUCGUGCCCUCUUCUGUAGAUGUAAGGAGAAAGGAACAAACGGAAUGUAAUUCUCGGAUCUCAACUCAUGCCAAAGACAGGGAGCGUUCGCAAGAAGCGAAAAAAGCAAAGAAUAAAACUGCGACGGUGAAGAAAACUGCUCUCAAGUCCGAGGACACUUCUAUUCAUGUCGAAGACAGCAAGCAUACGUAUAUGAAUGAAGACCUUAGUGAGCUGGCCACAAAUGUGCUUGUCGAUAAAGAAACCGAAAGCAAUCAAUUACAUAUUGAAAAAGAGAAUAUGUCACAAACGACAAUGAGCAAGAAAGCGGUGGAAGUAGAAUCAGUGGAAUCUCCACUCAGCGCAAAAUCGAAGAAAGCCUCGCUAGGAGAGAGAAGAAUAGCAAAGAUUUCGUCAGGACGCCCAGCAGUCCCAUUAAAAGUAGAUGACAAUGAAAUGGAGAACGCUUCCGACCUCAAAAAGCACGAAGAGGAAGCAAAUGAGGUACAAGAGGAUAGUGCUCGUGCUGCAGACGAACAUUUAGUGCAGAUCAGAAGCACAGCAGGUACGAGCAGCAGCCAUGAAGAUGUUUUAGAUCAGAGUACGUAUGAAGGAAAGGCAUCGUCGGAAGUUGUCACCGAUCUUUCUGCAAAGCAUAAUGUGCCCGAGAAGGCGCCGAUCUCUCAAGAUAUUACCAAAGGAAUGAAAGGGAAGCUUGAGGGUAAACAGAAACGAGCAACUAAAGACGUUCUAUAUUCGUCACCAGAAGCAGAGACGUCCAAGCAUAGAAGAGAAGAGAAACAAAGUGAGGACAAAACAGAAGUCGAAGUUUCCUCAACGGAGCAGUUCGCAUCAAAAUCAAAAGUCAAGGGUGCUACAGAGCGCAAAAAGAUUUUGGUAAAAGAACAUGGAGAGCUGUCACAAGCCUCAUAUCCAGUGAUAUCGAAAGUAGCAGAAGUGGCGAAGAACAAACGAGAUGGGAAAAAGGAGUCAGAUACGAAAGUGUACGAGAACAAAAAAACAGAUUUGAACCCAAGCGGCACUACAUUGGCUGCAGCUACAAAUGGUGAAGACUCAACAGUUCUUCCCGAGGAGAAGGAGAAAGGUUUGAAUGAGAAGGGGAAGAAACUGUCAGGCACGAAGAAAUCUCUCAACGAAGAUCGAUUAGGAGAAGUAGAUGUGCGAGAAAAACUGCUUUCUACAGCUUCAACGAGUACUUUAGAAAGUGCAAAAGUUGAAAGCGUGGUCAAGACUUCUGGAAGCAGACCGUUAGAUGUUCCUUAUCAAGAAGCGACUUCUGACGCUGCGUCUCUAAUGCAUGAAGGAGCAGAAGGAGCUGCAUCAUCUCCAGCAGAAAAGUUUAAUGAGCUACGCAAGAAUAGGUCAAAUGUCAAUGAAAGCGUUGAAGUUCCGAAAGCGGAGAGUGAUGGAAAAGAGCACAUGUCGGCUGAGCUUUUGAAGCUUAAACUUCAACGUGAAGCUCCAAAUAGUCUCAGGAAGCUUGAUAAUUCCAAAAAGAAUGAUGGAGAUGAAGAAGAGCACGAUGAUAAAGAUUUGAAAAGGAACAAGACCAAGUGGGAAUUAUCCAAACGGCAGUCUCCUACCAAACCCGAACAUAAAGGUAACGGUGUUUCAUUAUCACAACUGACAUCAGAAAAGUCUGAUGAUGUUUUGUCUACUGUAGCAGCAGCAAUAGGAACUCUCCAAUCUCAACCAGAGGUGGGCCGUGAGCCUGAGCUGGAUGUGACAGCUUCUCCUCCAGUUGGUGACUCAGAGAUUGCUCAAAAUCUAAAAACUCAAAAAUCAUUAAACAGUGUCGGAGAGUCCAAAUAUGAUGAAAGGGCUCCUUCAUUCGCCACAAAGAGGAACAGCAAGGAGGUCAAGGCUGCUGUCCGAAAUGAAGAAAAGUAUGAAGAAGAUGACAAUUACGAAACUGAUGAAGGAGGAAACAUAUCUGAAGUCACUGUUGAUUACUCAUCUGACUACGGGCCCUCUACGGUUGCACAGAAGCUCGCAGAAAAGUCUUCUACAGAGUAUUGCAUUAGCAUUGCUCGCAUUGCCAAAGUGGAAAUGACUUUUACCUGCCAAAGCAAGCCCCUUAUCUCUCAAGAAUAUCCCAAGGACGAGAAAAUAUUGGCGAAUAAGCAAGACAAGGACGAAGUGAAUGAUGCUACCGAGACCUCAAUAGUCAGUAGUACGGAAGCAAGUGGUCUUCCUCUCUCACUCGAUAAGAAGACCACUGCUCCAUCACAGAUUUCCAAAAAGGAAUCAACUUCUCACAAGCCCAAAACGAAACAGAAGUCGUACAUUUCAAAAGAAACCGAAAAAUUGCUGCGAAGAAAAGCAAAGGCUAUGCGGCUCUUAGCGGAGAGUGAAGGAGUAGAAGCAAAAACCAAGGUGGACGAAAAAACGCAAGAGUUCGAUGAAGCAAGCCCGCUAAGCUCUGCACUACAAAAAAUGAUUGACACAUUCGGCGACCUAAGCACGGAGCCUGUGACAGAUCUAACCACCGACUCAGAUUUUAUGGUCGAGCAGGAAUCAGAUGUUGGUGAUGCUGCUGCGACUGCGCCGUUCAUUUUGCACACACCAGAUGCCGCGAAAGCUGCAGAUAGGGUGGAACAAAAGCAAGAGCAUGGAUUCGCUCCAUCAUUUCUGCAUAAGAAACAAACGAUGAGAUGUGUGGAAGGCAGUGCACUGGCAGUGAAUGUGUUCGUGAGCGCUCUACCUCAGCCAAAGAUUACUGUCUACCACAACAACGACCUAGUCGUUUGUGCUAAUCAACUUGAGCCUGUUCGUGCACAGCAGCCGAAUCUCUACAGUUUCUCCUUCACCAUCGAUUCCGUGCACCAGGAGGAUAGCGGCAAGAUCAUGUUCAAGGCGACAAAUCAGUGGGGAUUCGACGAGUGCACCACCUACCUGGAAAUUGCCGAUGAAUCAAAAAGAAAAUUCUGCAAGUUUGAUACGAGCGCAUUGUUUGAGCGUGAGUUUGAAGCUGCAGAAGUUAUAUGGUCAGUCACCGACGUUACUGUUGCCGAAGGAGGAACUGCUUGGCUAUAUGGUAAGCUUUGUGGAUAUCCUAUUCCGGAACUAAUCUGGUUGAAGAAUGGGGAAGAGAUUGAUUUCAAAGCCGCAAAGGAAAAGUUUCAAGCUGAGCUCAAAAGCGACGGCACCUUUGCACUAGAGAUCAAAAACUGUACACAUGAAGAUGAAAACCUUUACGAACUUACGGUGGAGAACAUGGCUGGAGUUGACAGCUGUCGCUUCAAAAUUACUGUAGACAACAAGGGGGAUGAGCAUGACAAACAUCGCCGACGAAAGCACAUUUUGAAAAAUGUUGCGCAUCGUAAUGAGUCAUCGGAUAGCGAACGUGAAAAUAAAACAAGGAAAAAACGAAGAAGGAUAAGACGGGUGAUCGAACGAGUCAAUCCAAAUGCUCCUCGGGUCACACAAUUGGUCGCACCUCGUUUCAACAAACCGCUUGACGACUGUGAAGUUAUAGAAGGGGAGGAGGUAAUGAUGAUGGUUUCGACGCAGGGAGAUCCACCACCUGCAGUGAACUUUUACCGGAAUGGGAAACUUCUUGCCAAUGAUGACAAAUGCAAAAUCGUCCACGAACCUGCAAACGAGCAUUACUUAAUCCUGAAAAAUGCCGAGCAGCACGAAGAAGCUGAAUAUGCCUGCCAUGCUGUCAAUCCUGCUGGCGAAGCUUGGUGUUACUCAGAUCUGCAUGUGCGAGCAAAUGUUGCAGCAAACGUCGAUGAAAGCAGAGACAACAGUGAGACUACGAACUUAGAGCCAGCGGAAGGUUUUAAAACUCAAUAUGAGCAAACACAUGGCCUAAGAUCUAAGCGUGGCAUGAAGAUAAAGAAUAUUAGCAAGAUAUUCAAGAAGCCGUUCGAGAAGAAUGAAGAAGGUCCUGCAGCCGAAGAAGUUGGCAAGAUACUUCAGAAACAGCGCGAGAAGAAGGAAGAAGGUCCUGCGGCCAAAGACGUAAACAAAAACUCAAAAGACGAUGCACUCAAAAAUUUGUCGCAGAAAUUAACACCUCGAAGCCGUGAAGAAGUAACAGAGGAACUUGAUCUACCAAAGGAAGCUCAACCACAUGCAGAGGUUCCGAAACAGAAGAAGAAAAUCCCCGCAACAGACUACGAGUUUCCCGCACUUGGAGAAAUCUUACCAAAAGAUAUGAAGGGAAGCAGCAUAAGUCUGAACGAGAGCGAAAUGUCCAUCAAUGCAGCUAACAGAACUGCAGCUGCUGCAGCUGCGAAGAUCGGGAGAAAAAAUAAGAAGCGACCAAAAUCGCUUGUGAUUCCGCUAGAAAUCAAUUCUCUCUUUGGAGAUCGUAGCGUUAUACGUUCGGAAACAAAUCUUACAGCUAGCAUGACCGCUAUAGAAGCACAUGCGGAAGCGGCAUCGCCACUGAGAGAACCGCGAUCAGCCCGAGUUUCCGCACGGCUCGCAAGUCCAAGCCGUGGUCAAGGUUCAAGGACUGUAUCGCCUCGAAACAUCUCAGCGGAGUUCAAAUUUGAAAGACCCUCACAGUCGUAUGAAGAGGAAGCCUGUAUACAGAUUCGCGAAGGAAUCAAGAAGGCUGACGAAGAGUUGAAUGUUGAAAGCAUACAAAGAAAAGACGCUGGAAAAGACAAGACUGGUGCUAACUUCGACGUCGACGAAGAUGAAGAGUUAAGGCAAAUGCUCAUAUCAUCUGAAACAGAUAUGACCACCGCAGCAAAGAAGUCAACUUUCUCUGCAGAACAAGCCCAUAAAGAAGUUAAUGUUGAUGGGCCUGAUUUGGAGGAUCAUAGAACUGCACAUCAAAAGAGAGCAAAAGCAAAGAAGAGAAACAAGGCGGCGUUACCGACAAAAUCAGCUGCAGAGGAACCGAUCCUUGCAGAUCUGCAAUCAAGUCAAGAAGCCAAGAAGCAAGAAUCCGGAAAAGAGGUGACUUCUAAAUUAAUUGAAGGUAGAUCUUCUCUCGAAGAUGUAAUGGAUGAUGAAGUCUCACAUGGCAAAGGCUCUAAGACAACACUGAAAAAAAAGAAGAGCGCAGCACUUGAACUUGAUGAAAGCAAUCACAAGGCCAAACUGCCGUCAACCUCUGGGAAUAAGAAGGAAAAAAGUGAAAACAAGAAACAGGUAGGAGAAAAAGCAAAACGAGACGAAGGCAAGAAGGCGGAACGAGGACUAAAACGUGAGUCUGACUCUCAGCCGUCAUCGAAUGCGAGUAAGGAAGUUGUCGAAGCACAACAAAAUGAGGAUCUUGGAAAAGAUGUGGAGAGCAAAUUCGAUAGUAAAAGCAAGAAACGGGGUAUGAAGGAGAAGGCUAAAGUGGACAACGCUGGCGUUUCGAAGACGGCAGAUUCUGGAGAAGCCAAAAAGGAAAUGCGAUCGAAAGAAGAUGUAGACCGUUUAGAGAAAGCUGCUGCAAGGGAUGAGGAUAGCACCUCAAACUCGCAACAUCCACUUUCUGAAACUGUAUCUGCUUCGCCGUCCGGUACCCCUGCACCGGCGGAAACUAUAGAGCAGGAAGAUAAGGGCGUUGAAGAGGCUGCAAACAAUAAACUAAAGCGAAAAGGCAAAACAUCAAAAAAGGUCGACGUCACGCUCGAAGAAAUGAAACAUCAAACACAACAUGCAAGGGAAGUAGAACUAAUGAAACAGGAAGUGGAGAAGGAGAAGUCAGAGGAUUUAGAGGAAGAUAUUUUACCAUCGAAGGCAGAUGAAGCUCACUCUGAUAAAAUAACAAGCGAAGCACCUAGCGCUGGAGACAAGUCGCAAGCAAAGAAAAGACAGCUGGAAGGCAAGUUCACUGAGGAAAACCAUCAAGACCGAGGUUGGACCAUCCACUCCGAGGUUGUACAUGGUUUUGAAGCUCCACUACAUGAUGAGAAACUUGAUUCCGGAGCGAAGCAUGCGGAAAGGAAGUCCGUAGAUAAAAGUGAAGCGAUAAACUUCAUAGACUCUGAUCCCGAAGAAACAGCAUCUGUAGAAGAAACUGAGAGGAAGCAAACUGCACCCAUAGAAAAGAAGCUUGGACUCAAAAGGAAAGUGAAGGUAUCGAAGCAAGGGGAAGAAACAGCAGAGAAAACAAGUGCGAAAACCAGAGUAGCUGUAGCCGCUGACAACGAAGAGCACGGUAUAGAUGAAGACGUUUCGGCUUUGAGGAAGUUAACCGAGUCCAAGGAGGAGUUAUCCACAGACAAAGAAGAAGCAUUAACUAGCAGUACAACCUCUAAGACUCCUGUUGGAGAAGAAAGUACUGUGAGUGAUGAUUACAGUGCAUCUAAAGCUAAUAAACAAGGUGGAUCGGAGGACAUGAUGCUCGGCGAAAAAGCCGCCGCUCACGAAUUAAUAUCGGAAGAAAAAUCGGUUGAUGAAGUGACUAGCAAGCAGAAGAAGACUUCCAAGCAGAAGAAACUAGGCGAAAGGGAAGCCACAACCAUCGAAGAGGAUGCUUCGUCAGCCAAAAAGUCUAAGGAAUUGGAAUCGACUCAGAAAGCACUGCUAAAAGGUGUAGCUGCUUCCAAAAAGUCUGGAUUCGUCAGCAUUCCAGAGCCGGUAACUAAGGCUAGCAUCGGCAAGACUUUACAAUUGAAAUGUGAAGUAGCGCACGAAAAUGAUUCCGUCGAAUGGUUCAUUGAUGGCUCAUCCAUUUUCGGCAAUCCCAGAUACUCAGCGGAAGCAGUGGGAACAACAAGAACUCUUCUUAUUCGUGAUGUAGUGCCUGAAGAUGAUGAUAUGGUUGUGGAAAUGCGAUAUGGUGUGUCCAUAGCUACUUCUCGUAUUGCUUUGGAAAAGACAGUGCCGAGAUUGGUAAAAGAGCUCAAGCCUCGGCUGACGUCCAAAAAGGGCAGCUCGGUAGCACUUGAAAUUGAACUUGACCAUGAAGCUACUGAGGUGACUUGGUUCAAAGAUGGCCAGCCUCUUCAGAAAAUGCCAAAAUACUCAAUCGAAUUAGAUGGAGCAGUAUGUAGGCUCAAAAUUGACGGAGCAAACAUUAAUGACUCUGGAGUCUAUGUAGUUGUGGCGGAUGGGGUUCAAAGCACCACAAAUCUAUGCAUAACCGAUUCACCCCAGUUCAAGGAGGCUGCACCUGAUGAGGUGAAUGUUAAGAAAAACGAAUGCCUUUCCGUCAAAAUUCCAUUCAACUGUCCCACCAAGCCAUCCGUCGUAUGUCUAAAAGACGGAGCUCCGUUGGCGAAUGUUGAUCUUUUGGAAGUGAGCGAAAAGGAAAUUUAUCUUCGUAAGAAUAAAGCAGACGCAGCGGAUGCUGGCGAGUACACGAUAGUAAUCGCAAAUGAGUUUGGAGAAGAUAAGAAAACGGUAACUGUAAAGAUCAACGACGUACCGCAACCGCCGUCAAACCUUACCAUGAAUAAAAUUGGCGAAAAUAAAAUUUCUCUGAGUUGGGAUUCUUUGAGUGAUGAUAUUCUUGAAUACUUGGUCGAGAAGAAGGAACAAAAUCGUCGAACAUAUCAAAAACUAGCCAAGGUUCCUGGAAGCAAACGAUCGUGUGAGUUCCAAGCAGACAAAUCUCUUGCCAGGUGUUCCUUCAGAGUGACUGCCAUCAAUGAGCACGGAGCCAGCACACCAUGUGAAAUCACAAGCACUCCUGAAGCAACUGCAUCUGUAGUACCGCAGAUCACAGAACCUCCUACAAUUUCUGAAUUGACUAGCAAUGGCUGUUCUUUGACAUGGUCAAAGCCAGAAAUAAAUGGAGGAUCGGACAUCUCUGGCUACGAUGUAUUCGCUCGAAAAAAAGGAGGGGAAUGGGAGAUGGUAAAUAGCGAAAAGGUACAAGAGGAGCACUAUGCUGUGAAGGAUCUGCAGCAGGGAGUUGAUUACGAGUUCAAAGUGGAGUCCUACAACUAUGCGGGGAAGCGCUCCAACUCAGAAGUGGUCUCCGCACCCCUUCGACUUCCAGUCAAAGAUCUCCCAAAGACUACCCCCUCGGUUCCGCAAAUUACUGUCACUGGACCAGACAGUGUUACUGUAGACUGGAAGACUCCUGAGGAUGAACUAUCUCCAUCAUUUACUGUGGCCUACAAGUCUGAAAGCUCGAACGUUUGGACUGAGGUCAACUGUGACACGAAUUUCCAUAGAGUCGACGGACUCAAAGAGGAGGUGUCGUACGUUUUCAAAGUGGCUUUGAGGAAUGAGCACGGUAUUGGAAACUUCUCCGAAGUGUCAAAACCCACUAGAAUCCUGCCUACCAGCGCACCAGUCAUACUCAAAGGAAUACGAGAUGUGUCUUUGCCAAGGAAGGAUAUGCUACGGCUUGAAUGUCAUGCUAAGGGGCAUCCCACUCCGGAAUUUGUCUGGUACAGAGAUGAUAUCGAGAUUGUGCCUGAGGAUGAAAAUACCCAGAUAAUUAACGAAGGAAAUAUAAGUGUGCUCAUCAUACACAAAGCCCAUGUCAGCGAUGACGGCGUGUACAAGUGCGAAGCUAUCAACAACUCUGGUUUAGCAGAAUCUACUGCUAAAGUUACAAUUGAAGAUGCGCGCUGCCAUUUUGACACAUCCUUUCCUGAGUUCAAUGAAGCUACAACUGGAGGCGAUGUUGAACUCUGCUGCACCAUUACUGAGAGUGAAGGAGUAGUCACUUGGUACAAAAACGGAAAGAAGCUGGAAGAAAGUGCUCGCGUGAGCCUCUCUGUUGAUGGAGACAAGAGAGUGCUGAGAAUCGCUUCUGCAACCGAAGCCGAUAGCGGAAGAUAUCGUUGUCAGACAUCGGACGGAAGAAGUAGAACUGAAGGAGAGCUUUUCGUGAAAGGGUUAGAGUCUCAUAUCAUCCUUGGACCUCAGGAUCAGAUUGUCACUCGGUGCGGCGACACUGCAGUGAUCAGCUGCACACUGAGCUAUCCGUCUACUCAUGUCAAGUGGUAUAAAAAUGGGAAAGAAAUCUGGCAGCAGGCCAACAAGUACUCUAUAAUUAACGAAGGGUGUUCCUCCAUGUUGGAGAUCUUUAAUUUUGAAAUGAGUGACGUUGGAGGCUAUCAUGCAGCUCUUGGUACAGAUGAAGUAUCAGCACCAGCUCAGCUCAGUCUACGAAUACCACCUGCUGUAGAGAUUCAAGAAGGAUUCGAGAAUAAAGUUGUCCUGAAAGCUCACACCGACCUCGAGUUCCAUGUCGUCGUUUCUGGAGAGCCAUCUCCAACCGUCAGUAUCCUGCACAACCACUCGCAGAUGAAAGAUCGAGCUCUGGUUAAAGCAAACGAUGACGUUAUUAGAAUCUGCAUGAAAAAUUUGACACUUGCUGAUUCUGGGUUUAUCCAAAUAUCUGCUGAAAAUGUCUGUGGAGCAUCUCACAAAGAAUUCGAACUCAGUGUCGUAGAUGUUCCAUCCGCACCUCUGGAGCUUUCUAGUAGCGGUACGACUUCAACUUCAACCUUGCUGUCAUGGCUAGCUCCCAAAGACACUAAUGGCUCACCGAUAACAGGAUAUGCAAUUCAGCGUAGAACUUUGAACAAUCCAAGAUGGCGAACAAUUGGCAAAACGAACGAAACCACCCUUACAUUUGAGGCCAGCGAGCUUUUCUCAAGCGAAGAUUACGAAUUCAGAGUCAUCGCUAUGAACGGUGUUGGAGAGGGAUCGGCAAGCACACAUAUUGAAGUCACAACGUUAAGUGAAGAUGAGGAACUCGAGAAAAAGAUUGAAGUUCUAGCUGAGAUGACACUUCUGGAAACUCCCUCCACACCAGCUGUUAGCAUGGACGAUGGCAAAGCUACUCUGACCUGGGAUACAGUAGCAGGGGCAUCGUUUUAUAAAAUCGAGCGCCGUAAAGAAGGUGACGACUGGAUUGAGAUAGCUGUAAUGAGUGGAUCUAAAUAUGUGGACCGCUCGAUAAUGGACGAUGGUGUGUACAGCUAUCGAAUUACGGCGAGAGGAAUGAACUCGUCUUCAGAACCAAGUAGGAGCUCGAUUCCGCUGAUCUUCGAGAGGAAGAAGGAUGAAGAUAUUCCCGCUCGAAAAACGGAUGUCGAAGAAAAACAUUCAAAAGAGCCAAAAAAUCGAAACGAGGAUCUAAUCAGGGAUAAGGACAAAAUCGAGAAGACGGCUAAUGACCAAAUCGAGAAGGCGGCUAAUGACCAAGACAAAGAAGAAAUUGCUAGCAAACCUAUAAAAACGAGACACGCUAGCCCUGUAGACGCGAUUUUGGAUACCAAACAGAGACUAAAGAAACGAAAACCAGUUGAGGUUGAGCGUAGGGCUUCUAUCCAGCAAGAUAACUUAGAUUCCAAACAGCAGAAACAGUCAGAAGCUGCGCCGGUAAAAGGGAACGACGAAGUGAAAGACGUUGUUAGCAAUGUUGUUGAAGCAGCUGAAGCGUCAAAACCUCCGAAAUCCAGCAGAGAAACUGGAGAAAAUUUAGCGAUAGAAUCCAAAAGUAACCGAGGUACUCCUAUCCUCAAGCCUAUAUCCAGUGAAGUGACAGUAAGAAUUGGCGAACUCGCUAAGUUAUCUGUCAUCGUUGAAGGAUCCACUGACGUUCAUUGUCUAUGGAAGAAGGAUGGCAAAACAAUAAUGGGAGGCAAAAAGUUCCGCACAACUUAUAAGGAUGGAAUGGCUGAGCUAAUUGUGAAAGAUGUUGACGCACUUUCCUCUGGAGUGUACUCCUUAAUAGCGAGCAGUCCGGAAGGAACUGACUCUACCGAAGUCAAGCUCUGUGUCAAACAAGCACCACAAGCUCCGGCAGGCGCUCUUGAAGUAGCCGUUGAAGAAGCAACUUGCAAAUUGUCGUGGAAAUCGCCAAAGGACGAGGGCAACAGCCCUGUCAUUGGGUAUGUGGUAGAAAAAUAUGACGAAAAACUGCGAAAGUGGAGUUUCCUCGCUCGUACGGAUUUAACGAGCUAUGUUACCGAUGGACAAAAAUUUGGUUCCGUACAGCGAUUCCGGGUAGCUGCUGAGAAUGAUGUGGGAGUCGGUCCCUUUGUCGAAUCCGAAAAAGUCAAAAUCAGACCAGGUGCACUGUCUCUCGACUUGGAUAAGCCUGUCGUGACGCCUUCUGGUGUUUCGAUCGUCGCAAAAUGGAAUCCGUUACCCAUCGAUGGUGUCAAAUACCUCGUCGAAGUCAAAGAGGCCAAAUCGCGACGACCAUGGACUGCAGUCAAUGUACCAGUCUACGGAGACUCUUACGAGAUAACGGGUUUGACAUCAGGGGCAGACUAUACCGUCAGAGUCACUGCCAUAACACCUGAGGCACAAGGAAGUCCAUCGGAAGAAAGCAACGUGUUUAAAUACGAAGAGCUCAGAGAAAACGAAAAACCUUCGUUUUUGAUCAUUCCGGAGGAGACUAUCAUACAGAAAGGUGCAAAGCUAAAAAUUACAACAGAAUACAAAGGUUUUCCAAUGCCAGAAGUUCAAUGGUUCAAAAACAAAAAGGAAAUGUUUUCUGGGCAGCGACUGUGGAUUGAGACGACAUCCGGCGUUUCGACGUUUAAUAUUGCAGAUACGCGAGAAGAUGAUGAAGGAGAUUAUUCGAUCCUACUGCGAAACGUAGCUGGCACCUCAGAACAUAAAUUCAAGCUACAAGUGGAUACUUUGCCGGAAAUCAACCGACCAGAUCGAUACACCUCGGUGCUCGUCUAUGACGAAGGAGAGACUGUAAAGUUGCGACUCACAUUCUCAGGUACGAAAUCGGUUUACUUAGUGAACGAGAAGGGUGUUUGUACAGGUGCGAAGUAA